AGAAGUAUGUGAAUGAGGUAAAUGAUGACCCUGAUUGGAAGGUGACAACAAUGCAAAAUGAUGUUAAGAGAAAAUGGAUGUUGGAUGUUUUAGAAAUGCAAAUUUAUAGGGCUAAGAGGAAAGCUAUAUAGAUGGUGGAUGGGGCACAAGAUGAACAAUACCAUAGAUUGUGGGACUAUUGUGAGAUGAUAAGAAAUGAGAACCUUGGAAGUUGUGCAAAACUUAAGAUUUAUUGACCUUGGCCAGAUAGAAACCCUAUUUUUCAGAGGAUGUUUGUUUUGUUUAAUGCUCAAGCCAAGAGAUUUGUAGGCAACUGUAGGCCCAUUAUUGGUUUGGUGCUUGUUUCUUGAAAGGUCCAUUUGGGAGGCAGUUGAUGCAUGCUGUUGGGAGAGAUGAUAACAACCAAAUGUACCCCAUUGCAAUGGCAGUUGUGGAAUCUGAACUGAAGGACAGUUGGACUUGGUUUCUUGAACUUCUCACAUAUGUCAUUGGCAAGCCUGAGGAUAAAGGAUGGAUUUUUAUUUCUGACGGACAAAAGGGACUUACAGAGUCUAUGAAUUUGUUAUUCCCCGGUGUGGUGCACAGGUAUUGCAUGAGGCAUAUGUAUUCCAACUUCCAGAAAGUGCAUAAAGGGAAGGAGUUGGAGGACCUUAUGUGGGGGGCAGCAAGUGCUUACACUGUACCUGAGUUUCGUGCAAAGAUGAUGGAAGCAAGGGUAGUUGUUGUGAAGGCACAUGAGUGGCUGUUGAAAGAACCACCUAAAUAUUGGGAAAGGUGUUUUUACAGUCCAAGGGCCAAGACCAAUAGAAUGGUUAACAACUUGAGUGAGUCCUUCAACAAUGCCAUUAAAAAGGUGAGAGACCAACCCAUUCUAACCAUGAUGAAAGGUCUUAGGAGGUAUGUUAUGCAGAGGUAUGUUGAGAGAACCAAGUGUGCACUGGUCAUUUGCAGAACCCAAAGGGUUGAGAAUAAGAGCUGUGGGUUUAAACUUACUGGCGCUCGCAGGAACAACCCCGUAAAAGUCUGUCAAAACAGUGAGCUCCGCGUUGUUGAAGAACUGAAUGGUUAUUCAAUAGGAUCCUCGCAUCCGACCAAUCCCGACUGGGACUUUUUUGAUUGUUCGCUUGAGUAG